AUGCAGUUCUUCUUCCCCAGGCAGCAUCGGCACUACAAGCUGGCCUACUGGUUGAUGGCCGUUGAAUUUCCCUUUGUGGUCGUUGUUCUGACUCUGACGGGAAUUGCAUCGCACAAUACGUACCGGACAUUACUGUGGCAGGAUGGUGCCGACAACGGCUUCAACAGCGCUCCUGAUGAAGCGCUAUACGCCGCCGCUAACCACCGUCCCUAUUCACCACCCAUGGUGUGGUCAUCGUUCAUCACCAAUUUCAAUCUAGUGAUUGGUGUCCUAAGCACAUUCAUGCUGAUUGUCAAGCUACCACUCCAUGCUCUGCAUCUGUUCUUUCCCCCAAUCGCAGCGGCGACCCACGGUGCACUCUUAAUACUCUACAUCGUGGCAGCUCGAUAUCAAGCUGGCAGCGACACAUCAGAUCCACAGCAUCCACAGCCAGGACCUCCAUGGUAUAUUACGAAAAGCUGCAGCGUGGCUGCGCACAAGUCAAAUCUUGGAUACUGCAUGCAAGCCAAGUCGCUCUUUGCAAUCACUGUGAUUGUCAUGUAUGUGAACCCGGUCUUAGCACCAGAUAAGAAGGCUAAUAUCUCCUGCAGUGUAUUAUAUGCCGUCGAUUUUGGAAUCAGCGUUCACUCAUGUUUCAUCACAAAAGAAGAAAAGGAGAAGGUCUUGGAGUUAAGAGAGGAGAAGCGCGUGGAGAAGGAGUUUGAGGAAGAGAUCUUGAAAUCACCCAGUAUGCUCCCUAUGUCGGCACCUGGGAUGAUUCCUCGAACCCCCGGGUUUCCUCCGAUCGCCUCUUCUCCCGUCGUGAGACAUGGGGCUCCGAUAUCGCCAUUCACAACACGUCAUUUGGCCUUCAAUCGUCUCGGAAGUGGUAGCACAUCGUCCGAUCUACCAUUAAGGGACAAUGGCAGCAUGCCAAGCCCUCAAAUACCAUAUCAACCGCCAACAACAGAGGCCCAGGGCUCAUCAAGUCAACCGAUGUACUUCCCGCCACCGCCGAAGAAGGCAUCAAAGAAUUAA